AUGUCAGCUAUUUACAAGCUCUCGAUCCAAGGAAUUCGUUCAUUCGAUUCCAACGAACGAGAAACGAUUGAAUUUGGAAAACCUCUGACGCUGAUAGUAGGAACCAAUGGAUCGGGCAAAACAACAAUUAUUGAGUGUUUGAAAUAUGCUACCACUGGCGAUCUUCCUCCGAACAGUAAGGGGGGAGCCUUCGUCCACGAUCCCAAAAUCACGGGCGAAAAAGACGUUCGUGCUCAGGUGAAGCUGGCCUUCACGAGUGCGAACCACGUUAACAUGAUCGUGACACGAAACAUCCAACUGCUCGUGAAAAAGACCACUAACACAUUCAAGACCCUCGAGGGCCAAUUGGUGGCUCUUAAUCGUGGAGAACGCACUACGUUGAGCAGCAGAGCUGCAGAACUUGAUAGUCAAGUUCCGUUGUACAUGGGUGUCCCGUCUGCCAUUCUCGACUAUGUAGUGUUUUGCCACCAGGAAGACAGUCUGUGGCCUCUCAGCGAGCCUGCAAAUCUGAAAAAAAGAUUUGACGAGAUUUUUCAAGCUAUGAAGUUCACCAAGGCGCUUGAUAACCUGAAAACUAUCAAAAAAGAUAUGUCUGUGGACAUAAAACUGCUGCGGCAGUCUGUAGAGCAUUUAAAGAUGGAUCGUGACCGAAGCCGAUCCACUAAGAUUAACAUUUCAACCUUGGAACAAAAAAUUGAGCAAUACCAAGCUCAGGCUAGCAAAGCGGAGCAGGAUCUAGAUCAAAUCACUGAGCAAUCCGAUAGGCUUUUCAAAUCCAAUCAGGAGUUUCAGCAGGUCUUGAGCAAAAUGGACGGUUUGCGACACAACAAACGGUCUGUUCAAGAGCAGAUUGCCCGCUUAGAAAGCACCAGCGAGCCGCUAGAUAUGUCAUUGGCAGAUCUCACUACACUGAUCGAAAAUUUUUCUUCCGCACUGGAGGACAAAAGACAACACGUCGAAAGCUUGAAAAUGGAGAUUCAAACAAAUCGGCGUUCAUUAGAUGAGGCUCGUGAUUUGCAUAGCGCGCUGAUUUCCAAACAAGGUGGUUUGAAAGCUAGGAAAGCAAAUUAUCUGAAUUUCAAAGAGCAGUUGGUAAGUGUGACGCAGGAGUUGCGCGAUAAACAUACCAUCACCGGUGAAAAUCCAUCGGUGGAGCUAAACGCACUUCUAGAAAGCACGGAAAAGGACCUAUCACUAAUCUGUGCUCAAAAUGAAACAGAGAAGAAUAUCUACAGGAAAGAAAUAUCUGAAUAUGAAAAUUCACAAACCAAGGAAGAACAGCAUUUAAUAUAUUGUCAAAAUGACAGAGAUAAGGUUUUGAUUGCAUUGGAGUCUCUAAAAUCCAAGUUUGGCAAUAUGUCGUCUCUAGAAAGCGAAUUAAAUAAAGAGAUCGAGAACGUUGCAUUGUAUGAGACCAGGUUAAAAGAAAAAGGAGGUGAGGACGAAAUACACAAACUUACGUCUCAAAUAAAAGAAAAUCAGGCUAAAAUUUUGAUCUUGGAGGACGACCUUGCGAGGAAUCAACGAGAGCUUCUCAAAGUGAAUGAGCAAGCGGAGUUAAACGCUCGAUAUUCUUUAUUGAAGAAGAAUGUUACCCAAAAAAGAAGUGAGCUCAACCAUAUUAUUUAUGAGCUCUCAAAAAAUCAUGAAGCUCGGCGGUGGAAGCUUGAUGUGGAUUCAGACCUUGACCUUACGUUUGCGAGAAAGUAUCUCGAUUUACAAAAGCGAGUAGCAAAUGUCAAAAAAGAAAAUGAAGAUGUCGCUAAAGUGCUGGCCCAGAAGAAAUUCGUCCGUGGAUCCUGCGAACAAGAGCUGAGAGAAACCGAAAAGAAGAUUGAGUCACUGGACGAGAAGAUUAAAAGAAGUCUUCCAGAAGGUUGCGUUGUUGAUGAUUACGCUGAACUUCUACGGGAAGCAGAAGAAUCUUAUCGAAUUGCCGUCGAGAAUCUGAAAAUGCACAGAACAACGCUAGAAUUUAACCUAAAGGCGCUCGAAGUUGCGAGAAACAAUAACUCUUGUUAUUUAUGUCAGAGAGAAUUCCACAAUAAACAAGAACAAAGCGCCCUGUUGACUGAACUUCAAGCUAGAACAAAUACUGAGUACGAAGACACUUUGAAAACAGUUAUGUCAGGGGAAAAAGAAUAUCUUGAUUCCUUAAGAAAACUUGAAGCGGAAUUCUCUUUAAUGAAAGCAUCUUCUCAGAACAAGACUGCGUUAGAGUCACAGCUGAAGGAGCUCACUUCCGUAAUGACAAAUGAGGAAGUAACUUUGGCGGAAAGCGACGAAAGUCUCAAGGGAGUCAAUCUCGAAUUGGAGCGUGUAGAAACUUUACGACCUAUAGUGGAGAAUUACUUGAGAUUGCGCAAAGAACUUAAGUUUGCCGAUGGGGAUCUUCAGGACGUUUCAAACGAGUUGCGCUUGCAUAAUGGUGAGGGGAGCAAUGUGGCGACUGUCGAGGACCUACAAAACAAGCAAAAUCAGAUACAAGAUUUACUCAGAGAUUAUAGAAGGAAUGUCGUGGACCAGCAGGAGGGAAAAGAGCAGAAGACACGAGAACUUAACAAUUUGCUCAACCUCAUAAAGGAAAAGAAGUUCAAGAUUAACGAUCUUGAAAGGCAGCUAAGUGACAGGGAAAGUGUAGCUUUCUCUAUACGUGAACACGAGAGUUCGGUAACACAGGUUGAAAGUAUGAUGAAAUCGGUGAAGUCUUCUAUCGAAAACUUUUUGGUCAAACUCACUACUUUGAGAGCUCAAAUGGAAUCAAAGGAGAACGAGGCAUCCCUGGAGGAAUCGGAGUUGAAACGGAAAUUAACAUUUUUGAGAAGCAAAUAUGAUUUUGUGGUAAAAUUGACGUCUGAAGUCAAAGAGUUCGAGCAUACUUAUGCUUCACAAUUAGACAGCUCAGAAGAAGAGCUCAAAGCCGCCAACGAAAGCAUUAAAAAUCUUUCUGAUGCUAUCGAGUCUCUUAAUAGUGAAAUAACGGCCGAAAGCCGUAAGAUACAUGAUUCAUCAAAUGAACAGAAAAACAUUAAAAUGAAUAUCGACUUGAUAGAGCUUAGAUCGAACCUCGAUACUGUCAACCAUGAACUUUCUAAUCUUGAUGUGCAAAACGCUGAAGCGAAACGCGAUCAAUAUCAGCACGAAUCGUCGCGACUCAGAAGCCUGUUUGAAAGGCUAUCUGCAGAUAAUGCAGGUAGAAUGGGAGAAAUAAGACAGCUUCAGAAUCAAAUACAGUCAUUGGUGGCCCAGCUCGAUAAUGACUAUCACGACAUUGACAAUACUUAUCAAAAAGAGUGGGUAAAACUUCAGACCAAGUCUUUGGUUACUGAUGACAUUGAUAUGUACUCUAAAGCCCUGGAUAGUGCGAUCAUGAAAUAUCACUCCCUGAAGAUGCAGGACAUCAACAGGAUCGUUGAUGAGCUUUGGAAGAGGACCUACAGUGGUACGGAUGUCGACACGAUAAAAAUAAAGUCAGAUGAGGUGACGACGUCCACGAGGGGCAAGUCCUAUAACUACAGGGUCGUCAUGUAUAAACAAGAUGCUGAAUUGGAUAUGCGAGGAAGGUGUUCGGCAGGCCAAAAGGUUCUAGCUUCUAUCAUAAUCAGGUUGGCGUUGUCGGAGACUUUUGGCGUCAAUUGCGGUGUUAUCGCGCUCGAUGAGCCUACCACAAACCUGGACGAAGAAAACAUCGAAAGCUUGGCUAAAUCCUUGAAUAACAUUAUUGAAUUCCGCCGGCACCAGAAAAAUUUCCAGCUCAUUGUGAUCACACAUGAUGAGAAAUUUCUGCGUUACAUGGGUGCCGCCGAUUUCACCGACCAUUUCUACAAAGUGAAGCGCGAUGAUCGUCAAAAAUCUCAAAUUGAGUGCGUGGACAUCAAUAGAGUCAUUAAUUGA